GCUGGGUUGCCAGGUUUCCAUCGCAAUGUGCUUCGCAACAAAUUUUCAACUUUGCGCCAUCGAUCAAAUUUUCUGCUCCACUCAGUUGUUAUUUUCGAUUCCCCGGAGACGUGUGCAUAGGAACAGCCCCAAGCCCCAGAGAUGUCCUACCAGAACUGGCUGAACUACCUGCAGUCGGCGGAGAAGAACUCGAUGAUCAGCGGGCGCGCGCGCAAGGUGCUCUACAAAUUCCCGGACGGAAGGCAGAUGGCCGAGGAGUACAACAUGGACACGGGCAUCGUGCAGCGGCGGGCGUGGAAGUCCAAGAGCAACAAGAUCAUGGGCGAGUCGGACUGGGAAAUCGAGCUGGGCGAGGAGCCCCGUCAGCUGAACUGGUCGGGUAACAAGCCACCAGGAUCUGGAGAGGAAGCAGACUCCCUAGCCGGCGGAGACUUCACACUGCGGGAGAGCAACACCGCUCCACUGCUGACCAAGCGGAUCACCAAGAAGAACAUCGAGUGGCGCAUCCGCAACAUGCCCUACUCCCUGGACACCUACAAUGUAACCGCCGAUCCCGAGAAGCGGGCCAUAAUCGUGCGCACCUCGAACAAGAAGUACUACAAGGUCAUCCCGGUUCCGGAACUGGACCGCUGCGGGGUCAAGCCCGCGCAGGAGAGCCUCUCGGUGCACCACCAGUUCAACACGCUGAUUAUAACCUACCAGAAACCAGCGAUCCUCUGCGAGAUGGAGGCGCAGGUCUUGCUUCUACUCAAAAAUGUCGAGACCGAAACCGACAUGGAUGAUCUGCUGAAGGGUCUGAUGGCCAAAUAAACGACUUAGAUUGUAAUACACAAA